CGGCGGCCUCCGCGGCGACCGGAGAGGACGCGCGGGCGAGCGAGCGGAGCGGGCAGCGGGCGAGGCCGGGCUCUGCGACAUGGGGGACCGCGAGCAGCUGCUGCAGCGGGCGCGGCUGGCCGAGCAGGCGGAGCGCUACGACGACAUGGCCUCCGCCAUGAAGGCGGUGACUGAGCUCAACGAACCUCUCUCCAACGAAGACCGAAACCUCCUCUCCGUGGCCUACAAGAACGUGGUUGGUGCCCGGCGGUCUUCCUGGAGAGUCAUCAGCAGCAUCGAGCAGAAGACCAUGGCCGACGGGAAUGAGAAGAAGCUGGAGAAGGUGAAGGCCUACCGGGAGAAGAUUGAGAAGGAGCUGGAGACGGUGUGCAACGACGUGCUGGCGCUGCUCGACAGGUUCCUCAUCAAGAACUGCAAUGACUUCCAGUACGAGAGCAAGGUCUUCUACCUGAAGAUGAAGGGCGACUACUACCGCUACCUGGCCGAGGUGGCUGCUGGCGAGAAGAAGAGCAGCGUGGUGGAGGCCUCGGAGGCGGCCUACAAGGAAGCCUUCGAGAUUAGCAAGGAGCACAUGCAGCCCACACACCCCAUCCGGCUGGGCCUGGCCCUCAACUUCUCCGUGUUCUACUACGAGAUCCAGAAUGCGCCCGAGCAGGCCUGCCUCCUCGCCAAACAAGCCUUCGACGACGCCAUAGCCGAGCUGGACACACUAAACGAGGAUUCCUAUAAGGACUCCACGCUCAUCAUGCAGCUGCUGCGAGACAACCUCACCCUCUGGACGAGCGACCAGCAGGACGAGGAAGCCGGAGAAGGCAACUGAGCGCCUUGGCCCGCCCCGCCCCCGCCCCGUCACCACCAGUCCCCUCUCGCCACACUCACUAAGUAUCCAGUGCUCAACCUAUCUGUACGGCAGCACAGCUACUCAGACCUGCUCUCCGCCCCCCGGGAAGCAGUUCCAGAUAAAUUAAUUCAUGGGCAUUGCUGGACGGACGGUUGCUUUGAGCCCACAGGAGCUCCCUUUGUGGAUUGUGCAGACAGGUGCGUUCUGAAGGAGGCAUUUUCGUUUGCUUGCCUUUCUAGGUGAAUUGCAGGCGAAAGCCUCAGAAAGUUAGAGAGGAGAAUUAGCCACACAGGCUACAGUUGGUAUUUAAAUGGUCCACUUCAAACCAGCUGCUAGUGUUUUGUUAAAGCAGUACAUCUGUGCAUGCGAAAGUGAAGUCACCCCUCCCUCUUCUUUCUUAGCUAAUGGAAAACCAUUAAGGGAAGCCUGGACGAGAGACCACUUGCUCCUUUCCAUCAGCUUAAUAAUAAACUUUAACGUGAGGUUUCAGUAGCACCUUGUUCGCCUCUUUAAAUUAUGACGUGCACAAACCUUCUUUUCAAUGCAAUGCAUCUAAACUUUUGAUACCUGUAACUUUUUUUUUUUGGUUGCAAUUGUUUAAGAAUCAUGGAUUUAUUUUUUUGUAACUCUUUGGCUAUCGUCCUUGUGUAUCCUGACAGCACCACGUGUGUCAGCCCAUGUCAAUCAAGAUGGGUGAUUAUGAAAUGCCAGACUCCUAAAUUAAAUGUUUUGGAAUUCAGUGGGUAAAUAAAAAUGCUGCUUUGGGGAAUAUUA